UUUACUGUUUCUCCAAGAAAGUAUAUUGCGGUAGCAGGGUUACUUAGUUAAUCAACACAAAUUUUUUGGCAGGGCUAAACCUCGCCGCGGUGGGUUGUCGGCGUCGGCAUCCCCGGUCCCCGGCUGGCCGGCUCCAAACUGCUCUCGCCGCCUCCCAUCUGCUCUGCUCUGCCCUGCCCGUUCGUUCAUGGGAGAAGGACCAACCGCCAUGUGAUUGUGGGAGUUUAAGCGGCUGCGGAGGCGGAUUCGGAACCCCCUCCUUGGUCGGUGUCGUCGGCUGGCUUGCCCACCGCCCGGUGGUUGCUGCUUUAACAAUGUACAAGCCCCUUCUACCAUUCAUUCCACUGAAUACAAAUGCUCGGGACAACAAAUGAGCGGAUGCAUACGAGCUGUUCGACGAAAUGCUCACCUGCGCUUCCUAAUCUCACUAGCUAGCUGCUCCUCUGUUUCUUGGUUUAAACAAAAUUCGCUGUGCUAAUCAAAAUCUUGCAGCUUCGUACGAAGAUAUGAUCGCACAUCACAAUUUCCAAUCCUUGACCGGCCUCGCCGGCUUGCUUGCCCUUGCCCGCCGCCCGGUGGUUGCUGACUGUAAGCCCCUUCUAGCAUAUUACUUCCAUCGUUUUCUUAUGACUAACUUUGAUUGCCUCCCUGAUUGCUUUGGUGACUCGUGAGAGAGACACAGGGAGAGCAGGAACGGAAAUGGUUGGAUACCAGCAUUCCGUUGAAUAUUUGCUUGAGACAAAAACUCAGUGGAUGCAUGCGAUGCGAGCUGUUCGACAAAAUGCUCAGGAGACAAGCCAAGUUGGCACUUGCUAUAUAAUGAUUCUACACCUAAACUGAAGCCUUGCCAGUGCAAGUAGAUGAGGACAACCAUACUAUAUUAUGGAUCAAUAAAAUAAACGGACUGAACGACUUCAAGUGCAGCAAUGAUUGUCCUUUCCUGGCUAAUUUCAUAUUAAAUGAAUCCGAUGCAAAUAUUGUAAGAAAUUGAUUAGGUGACCGAUUCUGCAUUUGACGUUCUGAUGAGCGACCAUCCAACAAGAGCUGUUUGAUCUCACCUGAGCAAGAGACCCCCUCUACCACUUCCCAGCUGGAGCAGGGCCGCCGCCACCGCUUGUCUACACCGAGGCCGGAUCUUCUUUCUUACCCUGAAUUUCAUAUGCUACAUCGUCCUGGGCUCCUGACUUGCAAGAAUCCUUUGGCUGUUCAUCCCAGCAAGAGACCACCACUGCGCUGCCGCCUUUUCCUCUGCUCCUUCUCACAUCUUGUUGUUACAAUCGAAAGGGACGGAUCGGUCCUAAGACAAGCUUGACAAGAGACUGACCGGCUGGUCUUCCCACCUUCCAAAUAAAUGAAGCAGCCAUGAGGUGGGAGCAAGCAUCCAAGAAGCUAGUGUGUGCAGCCAAGCAAGAUCUCAGCUAGGCAGGAGAUUCUCCUUCUGGAGCAGGGUCAAAGCUGCUCCUCUAUACUGAGAUGUCUACACAAGACCACAACUGAUCGUGGCUUCAACCACAAAAUCCCAGGAAGUGCCGCCGUCAUGUGCUGUGCUCCUUUGUUCAUCUGUCAAUAGAGGAGAAAGAGAAGAGCAUUGUUUGGACAAUAAUCCUGUGAUGAACGGAGGAGGGUAGAACUUACACAGCACAAGGCCCGCAAAACAUCAAAGCAGGCACACUUGCAUCAAAGUCAGAAACCACUGGUUUGGGCACCAUGGGCACAGUUUUGGAUGCUCUCACUUCGAAAUUUGUGACAAGGCUGGGUCGGCUUAUUGAAGAUGAGAUUGUCAUGACACUAAGCGUGAAAAAGGACAUCAAAAGGCUGAAGAAAAAUCUGGAACACUUCAGCGCAGUUCGUGAGGAUGCGGAAGCUCUGGCCAUGGAAGAUAGACGCAUAGAGGCAUGGUGGAAGAACAUGAGUGAUGUUAUGUUUGAUGUUGAUGUCAUCAUAGAUCUUGUUAUGGUUCAUUCACAGAAAUUUUUGCUGCCAGCUAGAUCGCUCUGUUUCAAUCAGCCUAUGGUCUCUUGUUUUGAAAAGAUUUUAUUUGAUAACAAGGUGGCUAGAAGAAUUAAGGACAUAAAUGAAAAGCUUGAUGAGAUUAAAAUGAACACAGAGAUGUUCAGCUUGGAUAGAUCCCUUCGUCAACAGUUCCAGGUAACAAGUGUGGACAGAAAUCAGACAUCUCCUAUAGAUGAACUAGAGGUUGUUGGAAGAGAGAUCAAGCAAUCGGUUGAUGACAUGGUACAAAUAAUUGUCAGUGGCUGCCAUGAGAAUAAUACAAGUGUUCUGGGGAUUCAAGGAAUGGGAGGCAUUGGUAAGACAACGUUAGCUCAGAAGAUGUAUAAUCAUCAGAUGAUAAGAGAGAAAUUUCAAGUUCAUAUAUGGCUGUGCAUUUCGCAGAGCUACACAGAGACCGGGUUGAUAAAGCAGGCAAUACGGAUGGCUGGAGAAAAGUGUGAUCAGCUAGAGACCAAAACCGAGCUUCUACCACUUUUAGUGGACACUAUCAAAGGAAAGAGUGUUUUUCUUGUGCUGGAUGAUGUGUGGAAGUCUGAUGUCUGGAUUGAUCUUCUUCUAUCACCUUUCAUGAGAGCUUCGAACUUCCAGAUCCUUGUCACCACAAGAGACCUGGAUGUUUUGUCAGAAAUGCAUGCAACAUAUAUCCACCGAGUAAACAAAAUGAAUUACAGUGAUGGCUUAGAAUUGCUUAUGAAGAAGUCCUUUCAAUCAUCCGAGCAAAUAUGUGAAUUCAAGAAUAUUGGCCAUGACAUUGUAAAGAAAUGUGAUGGUCUUCCUCUUGCCAUCAAGGUUGUUGCUGGUGUCCUAUCCACCAGAAGAACAGUUGCCGAAUGGAAGAGCAUCCGAGAUAGUAAAUGGUCCAUUCAUGGACUCCCCAAAGAACUUGGAGGUCCCCUGUAUUUAAGUUACAGCAACUUACCCCCUCAACUCAAGCAGUGCUUUCUCUGGUGUGCUUUGUUGCCUCCUAAUUUUGCAAUAGGUCGUGAUGAUGUUGCUUACUGGUGGGUUGCCGAAGGUUUUGUGAGGAAAGAGCAUGACCACUCAAUACAUGAAACUGCUGAAGAGUAUUACCUUGAGCUAAUCAGGAGGAAUCUUCUGCAACCGAUACCUCUGUUUGUAGAUAAAGGUGAGUCAACAAUGCAUGAUUUAUUGAGGUCACUUGGGCAAUAUCUGACAAAGGAUCACUCCCUAUUCAUGAAUGUGGAAAGUAACAAUUCCAUGCCGAAUCUGCGCCGCUUAGGUAUCAGCCAUGCUAUAGAAGAAAUCCCCCCUCUAGAAGAACACAAGUGCUUGAGGAGCCUCCUACUUUUUAAUAACAAGAACUUCAAGUCAAUUCGCAAAGAUAUUUUCAGAAAGCUUGAGCAUAUCCGCGUCUUGGUUCUCAGUGGGACAAGCAUCAAGGACAUACCAGACUCAGUGGGAAACUUGGUGUUGUUGAGGUUGCUAGAUCUGAGCUAUACCGAGAUUAACAAACUUCCGGAGUCCAUGGGAAGGCUCAUCAGCCUUGAAUACCUCUCUUUGCUUGGUUGCAAUCAAUUAGAUAGCCUGCCAGCUGGUCUCAUGAGACUGUCCAAUAUAAGUUUUUUGCAGCUAGAGCAGACUGCAGUUGAUCAUGUUCCAAAAGGAAUUGCAAAGUUUCAGCAGCUCUAUAACCUAAAAGGAGUUUUCGAGAGUGGGACUGGAUUCAGAUUAGACGAAUUGCGAUGCCUCCCCAAUAUCCAACGUCUGUGGGUUGAGAAGCUAGAGAAAGCGGCACCAGUGGGUGAACUUGUACUGAAGAACAGUCAUAAUCUUAGGGAACUGAGACUGCGUUGCACAAUGGCCAGUACCAAAGAGAGAACUCGUUACCAGACUGGUGUGGUUGAGAGAAUUCAGCAAGUCUAUGACAUGCUUAUUCCAUCACCAAGCCUAGUAUAUAUUUAUCUUGAUGGAUUCCCGGGCGUAAGGUUCCCAGAAUGGCUAUGCUCAGAACCAGAGCUUAAUAUGCCAAGUUUGUGUCAUAUGCACCUCAAUGACUGCAUAUCAUGUUCAGAGCUUCCACCAGCAGGUCAGAUGCCAGAAUUGCUAGUUCUUCAGAUUAAAGGAGCAGAUAAAGUUGUAACUAUUGGCACAGAACUCCUGGGGAAAGGUGUGAGAAGUGCAGCGGCUUUCUUCCCAAAACUUGAACUGCUUCACAUCAUUGGCAUGUGUAAUUUGGAAAAAUGGUCACUGUACAUAAGAAAUAUGUGCGAUGACAUGGAGGACAACUCUCAGCAGUUCUCUCUGAUGCCUUGCCUUAAGCGUGUGCUGCUUCUUGAUUGCCCCAAACUGAGAGCUCUGCCUCGAGACAUGUACAUGAUUUUCAAUUUGAAGAGAAUCCACAUUGAAGGUGCUCACGAGCUUCAUGAAGUUGUCAAUCUUCCUGCUGUUGUGUGGCUCAAGGUGAAGAACAACGCGUGUUUAAGGAGGAUUUCUAACCUUUGUAAGCUGCAGGACCUGUUUGCACAGGACUGCCCAAUGCUGGAUCAGGCAGAGAACCUGUACGCACUGAAUAGGGUGUACAUGAUUGACUGCCAACACGCCCAAGAGUUCAGGAAUUGUCUCGCAGAAGAAGAACAAGGCAUCCUAGUCCAUGUUGCAGCAGAUGGGCGUAAUAUCUUCCCGGAUGAAACUCUCUAUAACUAGACAGGCUUACAGUACAAGAGCGGGGUGUAAUGAAGACGUGAUGGUUAGCUGAAAAUACUCGAAGAUUUUGUUGAAGCGCAAUGGAGCUCUUUGAUCGGAGCAGGGCAAUGGGAGGUAUCUGUUCGUCAAAUGCUGGAGUGUAAUGUUGUUGCUUUUUCUACCUUUUCUCCUUUUGGUGUGGUUGACAGCAAAAACGGCAUGACAAACUUGAAGCAGAUUAUAGCCAACUGUCAUUGCUGCAUUGUUAUUACUAUAGCAAGUUGUGCUCUGAAGGACAAUUUCAUUGUUUUUUUAAAUUCUUUUGGUUCAUUGGUUUCUGGAUUGAUCGAGUAAUAAUAAUGGUGUAACUA